AUGGGUCGUUUAAAUGGAAAAGUCUUUGUUUUGUCAGCUGCAGGUCAAGGAAUUGGAAGAGCUGUUGCACUUAUGGCAGCCAGGGAAGGAGCAAAAGUAAUUGCAACAGAUAUUAAUGGAGAAACCUUGAAAGAGUUAAAUGGUGUUGAAGGUAUUGAGACCAGAGUGUUGGAUGUUGCUAACAAAGAAGCUGUAGAACAAUUUGCCAAGUCCAUUCCCCACAUAGAUAUUUUAUUUAAUUGUGCAGGGUAUGUUCAUGACGGAACUCUGUUAGACUGCGAUGAAAAGACAUGGGACUUUUCUUUCAAUGUGAAUGUUAAAAGCCUCUAUUACAUGUGUUCGCAGUUUGUUCCCAAGUUCAUUGAGCAAGUUACAGGGGGCAGUGUUGUUAACAUGGCAUCUGUUGUCUCUAGUAUUAAAGCCAAACAAAGCCGAUGUGUUUACGCUGCAACCAAGGCAGCUGUUAUUGGCCUUACCAAGUCAAUGGCACUUGAUUUUGUGGGACAUAAGAUACGCUUUAACAGCGUAUGUCCAGGCGCUGUAGAUACACCGUCACUGCGGGGUAGAGCUGCUGCUCGAGGGGAUCCAGAAAAGACCCUUGAAGAGUUCAAAUCACGUCAGAGACUUGGCCGCUUGGCCGAUGCAGAUGAAAUUGCCUAUCUGGUAAUUUAUCUGGCAUCCGAUGAGUCCAGUUUUGUGACCGGACAAGAGUUCAUCAUUGAUGGAGGCUCGAGUAUGUAA